CCGAGCCAGAAUCGACGCUUUCUACCGAAGCUUUCCGAGCAAGGCCGAAAUGAAAUGGUCCACAAACCCGACAUCAACCGAAAGUCCUCAGCCCACUCCCGAAUCGGCCUCAUUGAAGUCUCUAGUUGUCGAGUUGGGGGUGAUGGGGUGGACGAGAUUGGUGAGAUAAAGAAGGAAAAACAUUUCCAUCACUCCUGAGCCCCUCCCUGUCCAGUGAUUUUCGGAUCUGAGGCUUGACAAAGAUCAACUGUUCAAGAUGAAAGUAAUCGGCGCCGCAGUGCUCAGCGUCCUGUUCUGCACGGUCCUGCCAGCAUCUGCAAAAGUAAAAACGGAACACAGGACAGCUUUCUUUGGCGAGGACGUCCACAUCGAUGUCCCACGCGGGAAUGGCAGCGAGGUCAUCUUUAAAUCUGCGACCAGCGAGUCCUACGACAUGCCGCUGAUCACAGCGGGGAAAGUGGUGAAUCACAACAUUUCCUAUUCCAACACUUUGGGCUACCUGGUGCUGGAAGACGUGCAGGAGCAGAACGAGGGCACGUACAUCAUCAAGGACACAAACAAUCCGAACACUGAAAGGCACUUCAAACUCAUCGUCAAGGACUGCGCUUUGGAGCAAAUUGUCAAAUACGGAGAAACCUACUACAUCCAUCUUAGCAACAUUAAAGGACCCAUCACCCUGGAGUUCAGGCCCAGUCCGUCUCAACUUAAUCAGUCAGAGACGCAGUACACAACCGAGCCUCCACCUGUGGUGCUGUACGACCAGACGGGUGUGUUGGCAGAAGAAUACAUGAAACGCCUCAGCGUGUCGGAGAAGCGUGUGGUGCUGCACUCGGUCAGGAUGACAGAUGAAGGCAGCUUUACAGUAAAAGACAGCGAGGGCAAAGUCAAGAUUCGGACCUGCCUGAAUGUCAGAGAUCACCUGUAUUUCAAGCACCUCGCCUAUGGAGACAACUUCAACAUGCAGCUCCACCUGCCCUACUCCAGCGUCAACGUCGUCUUCAAGCCCAAAUCAGACAGUCGGGGCCGAGCCAUCGUGGACGAGGGGGUUGUGGUGACGCCGAUGGACCCGCUGCUGGAGGGCAGGGUGAACGUGGAGGGUUCACAUCUCACCUUGAAGAAGGUCCAAGUGUCUGACUCGGGCGUCUUCAGUGUGACAGACCUGGCUGGGCAUCUUAUAGCUGCUGUCUACAUAGAUGUAGCCCCUUAUAAGCUGCCUCCCCUGACUCUGGCCAUCCUCGCGCUGCUGGGCCUGGUUGCCCUCAUGCUGCUGGCGUGCCUGCUGUCCUGCAUCUAUAAAGUACAUAAGAGGAACGAGAAGAACAAGAAGUUGACGCUUAUUGCUCAGCAGGCUGGCAAGAGUGACGGCGAGGCUUUCAGACAGGUGGUUCGUGAGGCUUACAGCAGGUUCACCGAGGAAUCGCUGACACAGUCGAUGUGUGAUAAACCCACGGAGAGCACAGAGGUCACCAUCAAGGGCCUCGAGGUGUCCAAACCAGGCCGCUACCACACUCUCAACUCAGAUAACUUUUUGGAGAUGAGUGACUCCGGAGUCGAGUUCACCAGCUCUGGCCUCCCACUGGACAGCGACACAGAUGCUGCGAUGACCUACGCUUCCCACAAGCCCCUGCUGAAUGCCGCUUCCCCUCCAGCCAUCUCUGAAGGAUCGCACUCCGAGGGCUUGGAGGCCACUGUGGUCCCUGAUGGCGACCUCAGCGCUAGCCAAACCCCUGACUCUGCCUUGAGCCCCAUCUCUAAUCCUCACUCGCUCGCAGCUGCGACCCCUGAUGGAAGCCUCCGUGGUGCUGCAUCGCCGGGAACCGCCUCCAGAGGCACUGCUGAGUCAGAUACGGCCAAGUCGGAGGGAGGGGCUGAGAGUGGAGAAGGUGAGCAGAAGGAGGAAACGGCCCAGAGCACCUGAGAGGGAGUACCAGGGUGUAUUUUUUUUUAAGCUCACCUCUCCCAACAUAUCCACAGUCGUCUGGCAGGAACUUAUCAUAUCUCACAUCAUCAAGUCCUUCGUCACUGCAUUUGAAGCAACAUCACAGACAAACGUUAAAGCUUGGAUCCAGAUGUCUAGUCUAGCCUAGAAGAAAAUAACUAAAGCAGCAGAUGCUCAAAACGCACAAUGCAAAAUUUAAAGCUGUAUCAAAAGCAGCUCCGUGCAUCUGGAAAAUGCAUGCAUUUAAAUUAAACAUUAGAGUAGCUAUCAUAGUUCAGAUCUACAGGACAUUGCUGACAUUAGAGUAGACUGCAUGCCUGCUAAAGAAGCAUAGGCUCACAAAAGAAGCUGUGAUGACACGAAAAGGGUAAAAAACAUUCAUCACUUUUAGGGAAACGGCUGAAGGGGAUCAAAUGAUUAUGAUUCCUGUGAAAACUGGUCAAAAAAAGGCGACAGCAGUGUGACAGUUUGACAGGUAGAGCCAGCGCGCGUCAAGGAAUCAGACAUUAUUUUCUAGGACCAAGCCUACUAAUGACAAUAACAGCAGAGAGCGUCUCCCUUUCCAAUGGCGAAUCUCAAUGCGUUGCCUCUGACAGCACUUUUGUCUGCUCUCACUGCAUCAGACAAACACAGUGAUGAUUGCAUUUCAGCCCACCCACACGCAGCCUCUCUAUUAUUAACAGUACAAGCAUGUCGGAGAGCGCCUCCACAUCUCUGACAAAAGUGCUUGUUCCAGCAGUCAUUUACCCAGAGAAAAAUCUACUCGAGGUAUUAUUUCUCAAAAACCUGCAAAGUGAAACAAGCUAGAUUAGAUUGAGUACCCUACUACUAGAUGGCUGUUUCCCUUUCUCUUAUAUCCAGUGUGUCAAAUCUGCCAAAUUCAAGGCAUCAUCUGGAGAAAACCGCCUAAACGUCCACUUCAUCUCACUCGCACUAAUGAUAAAAGCUAAAAAAAAGAGGGGAAAAACAACUAACUGCAGAAACUGUCCUCAUCUGUUUUACCCACCCAAGGGAGUUGUCACAAGCCCUGUCAGAGGAAAAUAAAAUCCAGAGACUAGCGUUCAACACGUCUGGGGCUUUUGGAACGGCUCCUGAGAACGUAAUUGGAUUCUCGGUCUCUUUGCAGACGGACCAAUUCACGGACACCGUCGAGUGAGGAGCGGUGAUAAAAGAGACGACAGAGAUGGAACAGUGUUCUAUUCGGCGAACAGAUAAAUGACUUGCAUGAUUUAAAGCCCCCUAUUUUCAUCUCAGCCCCAAUCCAUCUCACGGUGCUCCAAUUAUUGUAGCCCGGUUGUUUGCCAAAAUGAAGUGAGUGGAAAGGCACAGUUUGGAUCAGUCUGCGAUAACGAUGCAGCCCGCAGCCUCAACAGAAGGAGACUGAAUAAGUCGUGAGAAGUGUAAAUGUGUGUGUGUGUGGAGGGGGUGGUUCGUGUAAACCGAAACAACAUUAUUAGACACUCAGUGCUUCGUAUGGAGGAAUGAGUCAAUUCAACCCAUUAAAAACAGGAAAUUAAAAAGAGGAGAAGAUACAAAUCACAAAUUAAGAGUUAAACUUGUUGCUUGUGCUUUAUGAAUCCCAACUUAUCACAUAAUUCACUAUAUGAUAGUCCAGUGUUGUUGACUUAGCUGUUACAAUGUUACAAUGUUACAAAGGCAUCGCUCAAAAUCUGUUCAAUCACUGAAGUAAGAGCAAUAUUUAAGUUUAAGUGCUGCACGGCCACCUUUCAUCCAUUCAAGGGCAUUCGAAUUGUGAAAUCGUGCUGCAGAUUUGAGCUUAAAAAGUGUGAUUUUAAAAAGAGGCCACAGAAUGGGCUGGAGAUGUAGUCAAAUCUCUUUUAAAUUACAUCCUUGAAUAAAAUCAGCUUUUUCUUCUUCUUUUGAAGGGGCUUCUUUUCACAUGAGGAGGUUUGGUAAAUUAGCGGUCACUUAAGAGCAAUCAAAACAUUUUGUGGGAGAACACACACAGACGCUACAGGUGAGAAAUGGAAUAAGUGACGGCAGAUAAAAAGUUUUUUAAAAGAAGCAUGAACAGAGUCAAUUAGAUUAAGCUCUCUCCAUCCUAACAACUGCUUCUGACUAAUUGGUUCCCCUUCCUCGCUGUGAAAGGAGCUCGUGGGCUAAUCCAGGUCACUGGAAGCUGAUUUACACCGCAGUACGAGGCAUCUCACGGCGCUGACGAAACGGCGUCCAGGCAUCUCCUGUCCUCCGCAGGGCCUGACAGUCCGUGAUACCACCAGGGUUGUGUCACGGAAACAUCAGGCACACGCUCCACCCUCUGAAUCACACCCGAACCACGCUUAUCUUCAUCAUCGAGUCCACAUUUCGAUAUCACUAUUAUGGCUGCCAUUGACAGCUGUUAGCAGUACGGCUACCUCAUGCUGUAACCGAAUCAAUGUCAACUGGAAAAGAGAGAUUUACGAUCCAAACCUCCCAGGGUGACUAAUAGCGGUCAGACAGGUGCAGAUAAUCGAUGCCUGGCAAAGAAAAGCACAAAAUUUAACAAGUAAUCCCUUUUUAAAUGUUAAAAAGGGUCCAUACUGUAUUUAAAAAGGGUAAAAGAUAAGAAGCAGCUAUUGUAAAUACAGUAAGGUGAUUAGCAAACACAUAGACUUUUUAUUAGCUCGUUCCCUUCUUAUUCAGGAAAACUUAGUUUGAGUUGCGUAUUUCAGUGUCAUGUGUUUACAAUGACUUGUGUGCCCUACAUUAAUGUGACUGAAUGAUUUUAUAUGGCUGUUUUCUAUGGAUGUGCUUUUGCUCAUGUGUAAACUGAGGGGCUUCCAAAACUCUUGUUAGGUGAGCAAAUUGAUGGUCAGUGGAGUUUCAAUUAAUUCUAAAGCAAUAUUAGUAUUAUAGCACUUACACAUUACUAUCACCCACAGGAAAGAGGAAUCAGGCGUAGCACAUCCUAACAUGAUCAUGUUCACUUAGGUAUCCUUUUUUCACAGUUGUAAAUAUACAGAUAUGUGAUCUGCAUGUGUAUAGUGUGAAAAUACUAACAUAUUUCUUACUGCAAGGCUUAUGCAAGAUUUUAUACUAUUAAAAAGCUGCAUUUAUCCUUUAACCACACAUCGACAGUAAGCAGAAAACUAUGCCUUUAGCUGGGAAGACUCGUAGCUCAUGCCAUGUUUGUGUGUUUGGGCCUCGGUCGUGAUCUGUGAAGUCCUUUCAUCAAAGCUGAUGUCAGCAGAGACUCUGCCGCCUCUGGGGUGCAAAGCAUCAAGAGCGCUGUUGAUUUAACCUCGCACUGCCUCCGAGACCGGGGCAGGAAUGUCGGAUUCACAUAAAGUUCCAGAAAUCCAACCAAAUGCAGGCCAGUAGGAUAUAGUUACAGGAUAAUAAAUUGAUGAUAUGUAAAGAAACGCAUCUGUUUCUCAUAAAUACGCGCACGCUUCUUUGGUUUCUUGCCCAAAUUUGUAACUCCAGGAAAGUCCCAGGUGAUUCUGGUCGUGCCUGAAAUCAUUCACUCAUUCGUUAUAAGCUGAUGCCUGUAAAGGAAGUUCUGUGUAGACAGCUGUCUGUGAUCAAACCUUCUAAUAUCAGUCAGGUGACUCUCUGCUGCUGUCACAGAGUUAAAACAUAACAGCAUCAGCUUAAUAAACUGGCAGUAUUUUGGGUAUUAAUGCUGAUUUUCUCAGUGUCAUAAACAGAACAUUUUACCUUUCAGCACAGCGUGCGAUGGCAUCUUUUGUAGUAGUUGUACUUACACUAUUUAGUAGAGCAUUGUGGUAUAUUUUAAGUGCACGAUAGGGAAAAAGGAUACCAGACACUUAGACGUAGCAUAUAUAUUCACUAUAUAUACACAAUUCACUAUAUUCAUAUAUAUGGAGAGAGAGAGACAUAAAAUUGUGAAUGAUUUCUGAUGCAUCGUUUGCUUGCAUGUUUUAUAUAAUUAUUAACUAGUAGCAGAGUUGGGAUUUUUUUCUAAGUUACAGAGUGUCUGAAGGUUUGUGAUAAGGUAACAUGAAGUGCAUCCUGUACCAA